AUGAUCGCCUCCGGCAGCUCCACCGACGUCACCUCUGUCUACUCCGCGCACACGGGCGACAAGGACAAGGAAAACACAACCUGGGAACAGACGCCUGUGCCGACAAGCGCCGCCGCUCCUCAACACACAUCAGAAAAGCAACCGCCGGCCGAGACGGGGGAACACGCGGUUGCUGCCACCAAGGAAAUCGCCCAUGCUGGCGCGACGUCAGACGCCAAGCCCCAGGGACAGGGACAGAAACAGGAAGAGGACGACGACGAUGAAUCCGGGUAUCCUGCCAAGUGGAGGCUGGGGCUCAUCACCAUCGCUCUCUGCCUGUCCGUGUUUUGCAUGGCAUUGGACAACACCAUCAUUGCCACCGCCAUCCCUCGCAUCACCGACCAGUUCCAGGCCAUCCAGGACGUCGGCUGGUACGGCUCGGCCUACCUCCUCACCACCUGCGCCGUCCAGCUCAUCUUUGGCAAGCUCUACACCUUCUACUCGGUCAAGUGGGUGUAUCUCGCCGCCAUCUUCCUCUUCGAGCUGGGCUCCCUCGUCUGCGGCGCCACGCCCAACUCCGUCGGCCUCAUUCUCGGCCGCGCCAUCGCCGGACUCGGCGCCGCCGGCGUCUUCUCCGGCGCCCUGCUCAUCAUCAACCGGGCCGUGCCGCUGCGCCAGCGCCCCAUGUACAUGGGCGUCAUCGGCUCCAUGUACGGCAUCGCCUCUGUUGCCGGUCCGCUCAUGGGCGGCGCCUUUACCGACCACCUCACGUGGCGGUGGUGCUUCUACAUCAACCUGCCCUUUGGCGGCGUCACCGUCGCCUUCAUCAUGGCCUUUCUGCGCCUCCCCAAGCCCCGCGUCGCCAAGAACAAGCUGAGUCUCCGGGAGCAGCUCAAGUCCUUUGACCUGCUCGGAUCCUUCCUCUUCAUCCCCGGCAUCGUGUCCCUGCUGCUUGCCCUGCAGUGGGGCGGCACCAGGUACCCCUGGAGGGACGGCCGCAUCAUCUCCCUGUUUGUCGUCUUCGCCGUCCUCAUCACGGCCUUCCUGGCCGUGCAGGUGUGGCUGCAGGAGAGGGCCACCGUGCCCCCGCGCCUCUUCACGAACCGCACCGUCUGGUCCUGCGCCGUGUUUGGCGCCUGCCUGGGCGCCUCCUUCUUCGUCCUCGUGUACUACCUGCCGCUCUGGUUCCAGGCCGUCCAGGGAACGUCGGCCAUCCAGUCCGGCAUCAAGAACCUGCCCAUGAUCCUGUCCCUCGUCAUCUUCUCCCUCGUCUCGGGCGGCCUCGUCACGACCCUCGGCCACUACGCCCCCUUCAUGAUUGCGUCGACGGUCCUCAUGUCCGUCGGCGCCGGCCUCCUCUCCACCUUUGACGUCGACACCGGCCCCGCCCGCUGGAUCGGCUACCAGGUCAUCUUCGGCAUCGGCGUCGGGCUCGGCAUGCAGCAGACCAUGGUGGCCGUCCAGGCCUCCCUCGACGGCGCCGACGUCGCCAUCGGCACCGCCAUCAUCAUCUUCUCCCAGACCCUCGGCGGCGCCCUCUUCAUCUGCGUCGCCCAAAACGUCUUCCAGAACAAGCUCGUGUCCAACGUGGCCGGCGCCCAUGUCCAGGGCCUCGACCCGGCCCGCGUCGUCUCCGUCGGCGCCACCCAGAUCCAGUCCAUGAUCCCCAAGGAGCUCCUGCCCGUCGUGCUCGAGGCCUACAACGGCGCCGUCACCAACACCUUUUACGUGUCCGCCGCCAUGGCCGCCUUGUCCCUUGUCGGAGCUGCCUGUGUGCCGUGGAACUCGGUCAAGGCCAAGAAGAUUGACAUGGCGGCCGCCUGA